AUGAUGGGAUUUCACUAUCGAAGCCGUUCAACUGGAGCCCUCGUCUCUAUCAGCGCCGUUGUAUUUCUCGUGUUUUUUUGUUCGCGCGUCUACCGGAGACGUGCACUCCAGGACUUUCGGAGCCGCAGGCUGGCCAGCUCAGACGGCAGUGAUGCGGAAGUUGAGCUAUGUGAGUUCUCUGAUGAGGAAGAGGAGCAGCAACAGCACGCGGGACAGCGUCACAGUUUGUCCGCUGGAGAAGAGCGCCAUCUGCCCUUGAAAAAGAAAUUGUUGACAAGAGCGACAGGAACCGUCUCUAGUAGUGUCGAACCUACACCCCAGCAACAGGAGCAACAGCAGCAAGACGAUGAAGCCGUUGCAGUUUUGUUCCGUUCAUCCCCAUCCGAAGCCUAUUCAGGGCCGGAGGAGCCCAGCCCCUCCUCAUCUCCUGUUCCUACGUCACCGUCUUCAGUGCGAACGCCAACAGAGCUCGAUGCAGCAGCAGGACUGCUGAGUCUCCGCUCACACCGGCGUGCGAGUGGACGCCGUGCUUCAGUUUCAAGGCGGAGCAUCUUCGUGGAGUUGCGGAAGCUGCAGCGGCAGAUGGGCCAGUUGCAGCAGAAGAUGUACCUGUUGCAGCGCCAGCAGUGGCAGCACCUUCACCUGCAGCGGCAGAUGGCCGAGUUGCAGCAGCAGCUGCACCUGCUACAGGGGCAGCAGUGGCAGCAGCUGCAGCUCCCUAGGAAACAGCGCCACAGGAAGCAGCAGCAGAAGCAUUCUAAGCAGCAGCAUAAACAGCGUGAGCCGGACCAAGAGCGUCGGCACCUGUUUUGGUGGCAGCAACAGCAGCAGGAGUAUUGGCUCCAACCUCAGCAGCAGCAGCCGGUGCUUCAAGAGCAGAUGCAGCAGCAGAUGCAGCAGCAUUCGAUGCAGGAACGAGAACAGGGGCAGCUGUUUGAGGUGCAGAAGCUACAGCAGGUGAUGGCUGGAUUGCCACUGGCUGCUCCUGAUGCAUCCGGUGCUACCCGUUCACAGGCUUCAAGGGAUGAAGAUGCUGCAGCUUUUGGAGCUGAUGCUGCAGCAGCGAGCGCAGCAUCCGCCUUGCCCAGUGCUGGGGUGUCCUCUACUGCACUGGCGCCAUCCGUAGACGUCACGCGCGAGGAAACGCCGAACCUUUCUAGUUUACUGGCUCAUCAAAGAAGUGAAGGUGUAAGACCAGCAGGAGCUGGUAGAAGAGCACCAGUAUCUGCUAGAAGAGCAGCAGAAGCUGGUGGAACUAAAGCAGCAGCUGGUGGAACUAAAGCAGCAGCUGGUAGACGAGCAGCAGCAGCUGAUAGACGAGCAGGCACAGGUGGUGGAACAGCAGCAGCAGCUGGUGGAACAGCAGUAACAGCUGGUGGGACGCAGGCAGCAGCUUAUGAGAAACCAGCAGCAGCUAGUGGAACACCAGCGGAAGCUGGUGGAACACAAGCACCAGCUGGUAGAGCACCAGAAGAAGUUGGUGAUACAGCAGCAGAAGGUGCUGGAACAGUCGCAGAGGCUGGUGAAACUGCAGCAGAAGGUGCUGGAGCAGCAGUAGCCGUUGUUGGAACAGGAGAAGCAGCUGAUGGAACAGGAGCAACUGCUGCUGGGACAGGAGCAGCAGCUUCUGCAGCAGCGGCACGCUACGCCUCGCCCGCUUCGGAUGCCAGUCAGUUGCAGCGGUCGCCGUCUCAUGCUGUAUUGGAACACCCGUUUGUACGUCUACCGAGGCUAGAGCCGCAUGUGUCUCCGAGUUCAGUUUCCGUUGACUUGAGGCGCGCCUUGAGGUCUCCGCCUGCUGUGGGGCACGUCAUGCCGCUGCUGCAGAGGGCGCAAGCGCUGCUGUCGCAGGAGACCUUGUUCUCUUAUCAGCUGAAGGAGUUAGCGAACACAGCAGAGGAUAUGAUAGGACGCUUGGCGUACUAUGAAGGGCAAGACCUCUCAUUGGAAGCUCGUGACAGAUGCUAUCAGCCACACUGCACCGAAGCUUGUGCCAAAGCCAAACUUGGCAGAGCGAACAUAUUUCGCCGUUUCUCUGUGUGA